AGACUAGAUAAGAUAUUACAUUAUAAUCCACGUAUCUUCGAUGUAGAGCACGGCGAUCGCCCGAGAAGCCUUAAACUGCAUCCAAAUUUUCCGAAUGGCGAAAAAACCUCAGAGACGAAGGUCACUUAUAUAGAUAUCAGCUAUGUUGAGCCCCGCUUUUUUAAAGAUUUUGAUUCUGGGAGAUCAACAACUAAUUUAAACAUAACCCAAAAGUUUUUGGAUAUUUGCAUCAAUGGGCUUAAUUUUACAUAUCACCAUAGUUUUUCAUUAGAGAAAAUACUAUCUAUAAAAUUAGAAGAAUACUAUAUGGAAUAUCUUGAGAUUGAAAAACAUAUAAUACAUAUAUUAAGAGGGAUGGAUGUAAAUAGGCAGACAAGAGAAAAUCUUAAAGCGAAGUUCACUGCAAUUAGUACUAAGAAAAAUGAUAGUAUACGGUUUGAUGCAACUAUUCUAAAAUAUACAGCAGCUUUUCUAGAUUUUAAAGAAAAAUAUUAUUAUAAAUUGAACGAAAAGAGAAAGUUGCUUUGUAAUAUUUUAUCAUUGUGGUCAGAUAUAAAAAGUAUAAGGCAUAAGUUGGGCAUCAUUACCACUUCUUACGUAUUAGAGGUAGAAAAACUUUACAUAAGCGUAGACGCUCUCGCCGCACACUGGAAGGAAGUAUUUCAGAAGGAAUAUACAGAUUUUCUUAUUGAAUUAGAAUAUGAUUACGUAAACAAAUAUUUAGAGUACAAAAAAUUAAAAAGUGAUGAGAAUUAUGACAAAAACAUACCUGUUAAACCAAAACUUCACAUUGAUCCAGACCGAAUAAAAGACGAUGUCGAAAAACGUGUCGGUUUGUUAGUAAGUCCCGAAGAUGUAUCUGUUAGACUUAAAUAUGAUAAAACAAUACAAAAAGUAAAGCCAAAAACAGAAACUCAGAGAGAAGAAAACUAUAUUUACUUGAAAGUAUUCAUUGAUGAUGUGUUUGUAUGUGAAUCUGAACGAUUGGAAGUGAAAGAUAUUUCUGCAAUCCAUUAUAAAGAUUCUUUUACAUUGCAAAUAUUAGAAAAUAAUAAAACCCUCACUUUUAUCCUGUGUGAAGGAAGUAAAGAUAUUUCAGCUCUUACAAUGGAGUUGGACGAAAUUCGCAGAAAGUAUUUGAAUACAGUACUUAUCAAUAAACAUUUUGUGUGUUACAAUAAAAUUAAACCAACAUCAUUAUUCAUCGGUAAUGGAUAUACCAUAAGAGACAUUACAGCCAUUAAUAAUAUAAUUCUAAAAAGUAACCAUUUAUUUCAAGGGAAAUUAUUAACAUCAUGUGAAAUCAAAUUGAGUGUUUCCUGGAAUGAUACCUUCAAUGCAAAUGAAAAUCCAAAUAGCUCUUUAAAAUAUUGUUUAGAUGUCAAAAAACAGAUUCAAAGAAUACUUCAUGGUCUAGAUAAACCAAAUUUAAACACCUUAUUGAAUAUUUUAAAUGAUGUUUACGAAUUUGAAAUCGACGACAAAAAUAUUAUUAAGAGUUUAAAAGAUAUGUGUAAAAAUAAAUCCAAACAAGACAAGUUUGAUUUUAUUAAUAAAGAAAAUUGCACUCGGUUUAAGUUAUUGAAAUUGAGAAAUCUUGGACGUUUCGUUAAUGUUAUUAACAAAAUUAUUCCCUUGUUUGAUUCUCAAAUAACGACAGAACAAUUAAGUACAAUGCAACGUGAAGAUAAAGAAUUCAUCGUUGAAUAUUUUGAAAGUCAACGUGCAGAUAUGGAUCCAAUAGAUUUAGAGAGAUAUGUAGGCAUGAAAUUCAUAGAAAAAUUAAAUAAACAAAUCGUGACAGAUUUCAACGAUAUGCUUCUGAGGAAGACUCAUAAAGACGUUGUCAAUGAUUAUCAAGAUCUUACUUUAAGGAGUAUAUUUUCAAGUAAAACAAAUACGUCCUUGGCAACAUCAUCUGUAACUAAACAAUCACUUGAAUCAGAAUUAGCUAAGGAGCAAGAAAUAUACAUGACAGUAUUGCGGGCUUUUAAUUUAUUUGACCGUUGCGACACGGAACAACAAGAAAACGACGAGAGCAUUGCUGGAGGAUACCUUGUACCCAGUGAAAUACCUCUACCAAAUAUGAGCCCCAUAUAUAUGGCCGUCCGUCAAGGAUAAAGGAUCACAUUAGUAAAAAUAUUAAUCAUCAGAUAUUCUCGAGCGCGUCAGAUUAAGGUAGGGUUACAAAGUCCGCCCCCUAAGACCGUUUGUGAGAUUCAAUUACAACAACGAAUCAGUGCAAACAUGCACAGCUAUUGGAAAUAAUCCCACUUGGAAUUAUACUGCAAAAAUUAAAACCAAG